AUGGUUGAUGAUCGAUUAAAGAUUGUCAUCAGUGUCGUGAUCGCUUUCCUAUCUGUAGUUUCUAAUCUAAAUGUUGUCAUGUGUAGUCCAUCAGCUCAACAAGAGCAUGAACUUCUACUACUUGAUGCACUCAGUCGAAAGCAAAUCAGCACAAAUCUCAAUGCGAUUUCGAACAACAACAACUACGAGUCGAGUGCUAUAAUGAAUAUGUUGGGAAGAAGAAAACCAAUGGAUUUAUGCUCGGGUGGAAUGAUUUGGAGUUGCUGUGUUGAUCUUCUCACAACAGGUUCACAUGACGAUGAAGUAUCUCAACCUGGAUCCAUUAACAAUGCGAAAACUAAAUGGAAAAUGUUAUAA